AUGACUAAAAAAUCAAUAACAUUAGAUGUUGAUCCGACAAUCAUGGAAAAAAACAUGCGAAUAGUUAAGGAUAACCCGGUGGAGGAGGAAAUUAAUAAACUUUUUGUGCCCAAAGAUACUUAUCCUUACAAAGUAGUCCAACCAACCCCAGGGUUUUGCGUUAAGACAUUUACUAAGCCAGACAAUAAAAAAGUAUUUGUUAAUGUAUGCUUGACUGAUGCAAUACCUUGUCCUCGUGACAUUACUAAUGAUGAACUAAUGCAAAUUCUCAGCUCUGAGGAUCCAUCCAGCUAUAGAGUGCCAAUGAGUAUCGGUGAGGGUAGAAUGGAUCCUGAUAAGUCAGGCAUCCCUGCCACAGUAUAUGAUGUCGCUAUUAAUCCUGACUUUUUUACAAAAAUAGAGAAAGAUGAUCUUUUCCAAACAUUCUUUAUUACUGUAGUAUUUGAGGGUUUGCAAGAUAAAUAUCAGUUUGAAAUAGACAUGACUAAGUUUACAAUUCUUAAGAAUAGAAAGAGUAUUGGCAAUCUGCAGUCUCAUAGGAUUCAAGUCCGAGAUGUAAAAAAUUGUGAAGAAAAAAUUAAACCUUUAAUUGAAGAAAUAAAGGUCAAGGAUGUGUGUAAGAAGGAUAUAUCUUACCGACUUAGAAGAGAACCUCCAACAGGAGAAAUACAGUAUCUUUUGGCUGAAUUCAAAAUUCCUGCUUCUGUAGAAUUGCAAGAUCUCAACUUGGAAAUUGGUGAAGACAGAGUAGUUUUAGAUUGCAAGGGACCGUAUGAACCUGUGGAUUUCUUUCUACCUUGCAGUGUUGAUCAGGAGGUUAUUGACGCGCAGUUGAACAGAAACAUUGAAAUGCUAUCGGUGAAGAUGCCAGUGAUUCAUUGA